AUGUGCGUUAGCGGAGGAGGGUCCCGAGCCUUUGCAUUCUCUUCGGGCAUCUACAAGGUGCUGAACGAGCUGAAUCUUCUUGCAAAGCUCGAAGGAAUAAGCUCCGUGAGCGGCGGUGCAUGGUGCUCCUCCGUGGUGAUGUUCGCCAAGGAGUAUCAGGGGAACCCUAUCGAGCUUGAUGCGCUCCUGGGCCCACCGACGACGCCGGAAGAGCUGACACUGGAAUUUCUGGCACAGCCCACGGCGCCGAUCGCCAGUGGGAUUUCCAAAGGCAACUCGGCUGCAAUCAUCGCUGCUGCCUUGGCGACUGACCUCGUGCACGAGUACGAAGCCUGGGAAAAAGUCAUCGCCGACUUUGUGCUGUCACCGUUUAACCUGGACAGCUUCGCGCCGCGACUUGCCGACUCUGCUGCGGAUGUAGAGCGAAUCAAGUCAGAGAACCCGUCUUUGGCAAGUGCGAGUUUCACGACUCCGCAACCUGGAAGACCACGAGUCUUCGUCAUGAACGGCACAUCGACGGCACCGAAGAAUUUCCAGGUAACAACAAGCAACGCCGUCUCCUUUCAGAUGUGCGCAGACUACAUUGGGAUCCCGUUCUACCCGAAUGACUCCAAGGUAACCUAUCCGCCGGCUCCUUGCUGUCCAGGCGGUAAGUGUCCUUCUUGCUGCAAAGGCGAGACACUUAUCGUUGGCGGUGGCAUGAUCGAGUCUUUUGCUUUCGGAGGCGCAGCACCCAAAGUACAGUCCGGCGGCAAAAUGCCAGUGCCACAGGGUCCGGCUUUCGCUUUGCCUCGGGCCAUUGGAAUUAGCAGCUGGGGUCUGGGCGGCGUCUUCGCCGAGGUGCGGGAGGGCAAGUUUGUGAACAGUCAAGCAAACUACUGGCCGGUGACUUCGAGCAUACUCCCGGGCCCACAGAUGGCGAAGGUGUGGCAGUUCGGCGACGGCGGCGGCGUCGACAACUCAGGGAUGCUGGCGCUGCUGCAGCGGGGUGCUCGGAAGGCGCUAUGGAUUUGCUCCAGCUUCCGGGCUUUGGCAGCGAACUACGACUGGAAAAGUGCAACGCAAGCGACUUUCGAUCCCAUAGCAGCAGGAGUUGUGGACCAAGUCUACACCCUUUUCGGGUACGUGAACAAAGAAGACACGACCGAGUACCUGACAAACAACCAGGUCUUUGAAAAAGAUAAGCUGCUUCCCUUCAUGCGAAAGGUGGUCGCUCUUAAGGAGGCGGGCAAACCAGCAGUUGUGAAAGAGCAGCUUACCGUUCAGACCAACACGUGGUGGGGCAUUCAAGGAGGCAAUCAGCUGGAGUUUAUCAUCUUCUACCUGGAAACCUCCACUGACUUCGAGAGUGCUCUGCCGGAAGCAACGCAGCAGAACAUCCAUGAAGGAGCGAAGGGCGAGUUCAAGGGCUAUCCGAUCUACGCUACUACCGGCCAGAAUGCCAAUGACCCACUGGGCCUGACACCCUCGCAGGUAAACCUCCUUGCGGCUCAGGGCGAAUAUUCGGUGAGGCAGAACCAUCAGAUGAUCGAAGACUUCUUGAGUUGCUAA